UUAGUCAUGUGACCAACGAUGUCCCGACUUGGGACCGCCUACCCUAACUCCCGUUUGUUGUUUCUCGUUGUUGUUCCCGUCUGUUCUUACCAGCUGUUCUAGCUCUUUAGUCUCGCGAUGGACGGUCAUGUCUGUGUGAUGCUAGUCACAUCCAACGUCGGCUCUGCGUUCGAAGAGCCUGACGAUGUGCAACAGAUUUGGUUGUGCGAGUUGUUGGAGGCUGUACGGCAAGGCAACCCUCAUUUUCUAGCAGUUCAUCUGCAGGAGCUGGGAGGCAAGCACUAUGAGUCAACUAUGAAGAAUGUACAGAGUCUUGUGAGAUCCAUCACGAACUCAGAUGUGCUUAAGAACUAUGACAGAAUGCUGGUUCUGUUAGAUGAGAAUAUGAAGAAUAAAGAGACCUUCACGGCUCUUGGUUCUCUGUAUUUUAUUCACAAGUCGUUCAAAGACAUUCAAUUGUGGAGUUUUACGAAACAGAUGUUUGAGCCCAUUUCUGGGAAAACUGUUGUUGGUGGCAGUCUAUCAGGCAGUGAAGCUCAUCAGAAAGUCAAAUUUCCUGCUGACUUUUUCCCUGAAUUUAGGUGGUCACGGAAAGGGUUUCUGAAUACGAAGUGGAAUAUGUGUGGCAGAGUUGUUAAUCUAGUAAAUGUACAUCUGUUUCAUGAUGCGUCAAAUUUGAGAGCUUUGGAGCAAAGUCCUUCACCAUACUGCCUAAACAGACGGAGAGCAAUGGAACAUGUCAUGAAACUGGUAACGAGAGAAGAUGGUAGUCAGCCAGUUUCUACCUUUUACUUUGGUGAUUUCAACUUUCGAUUAGAUCUUCAAAAUGUAGUUAAGAGUUUGUGUGGGGAUAUGAGUCCACAGUGGUCCAAAAAGUCAGGGGGUGAAGUUUACCAAGCAGUGUACAGGCGAGAGGGCGAAAAUUCAGAUACAGUACUGACAAUAGCGGAAAAGUUGUUUCAGUAUAAGAACAGCUCAGAAUUUUUGAUCAAUAGUGGAGAAAAGUUUUUAGAAUUCGAUGUGGAGUCUCAGUACUUUAAAGACUUGCAUGAAUUAGAUUUGACGUUUCCACCAAGUUACCCAUACAGUGAGGACAGUCAUGAAGGAACAGAUUUGUUGACAACGAGGUGCCCUGCAUGGUGUGACAGAGUGCUUUUCAACAACCAAGCGAAACAGGAUCUAUCGUUUGCUAGUCAUUGUAACAAGUUGGAAUAUGGAAUGAUUGGUCGGAAUGUGUGUACAGGAGAUCACAAGCCAAUUUUCAUGCAGUUUGUACUUCCAAGAAAUGCAGGACAAAGUAAUGGUGGUAACUCAACUCGCACAGCCCACUCUGCCGGAGACCAACAGCCAGCAUAUUUGACUCUCAUGCUAGUCGCUAUAGCAUGUUCGGCCGUGCUGCUUGCCACCAUGUUUCCAAGUCUCUAGCAUCAAGCAUAAAUUCAUCAUUAGUGCAAUUCACUAAUUCAUAUUGUUGGGACAUGCAGUUUAGUAUGAACUUUUAGUUUACACAUAAGUCACUUUCGUAUGCUAUCGGGAAAUUUUGGUGUAAGUAUAUGUACUAGAAAUUGAUUUUGGUGCUUUGAGUAGGUUUAGUCAAAGAGAAAACUAGAGAAUUUGCCAGGCAGGAUGUGGAAAGUGCGUGGUGGGA